AUGGCUAACCCAAGAGGGGAAUGCAAAGCCAUAACUCUAAGAAGUGGGAAGGUUGUAGAGGAAGGAACCCCAAGCAAAGAUAAUCAUGAUGAGGUUGCAUCAAAGCAUGGGAACGAGGGUGAAGGGGAGAUCCCAGCUUCACCUCCACCAAAACCAGUCUUGAAGCCCUAUGUGCCAAAGGCACCAUACCCACAAAGACUGAGAAAAGAUGGGAAGGAUGGCCAGUUCUCUAAGUUCCUAGAGAUCUUUAAGAGGCUCCAAAUUAACAUACCAUUUGCUGAGGCAUUAGAACAAAUGCCACUUUAUGCCAAGUUCUUAAAGGAGCUUAUAACCAAAAAAAGGAACUGGGAGGCAAAAGAGACCAUAGUAUUGACUGAGGAAUGCAGUGCCAUCAUACAGAAGAAGCUGCCUCAAAAGCUGAAAGACCCAGGGAGUUUUCAAAUCCCCUGCAUCAUAGGGGACAUCACUAUUGAGAAAGCUUUGUACUUGCUAGUGAAAGUAGGAGAAUUUAUUUUCCCUGCUGAUUUCGUUGUGCUGGACAUGGAAGAAGAUGCCAACACGUCAAUUAUCCUAGGAAGACCAUUUCUAGCUACAGCUGGAGCCAUCAUUGAUGUGUAG